AUGGCAACCAAAUGCAAUUGUCGAAUUCCUGCUAAGAUUUUGAGGUCAUGGACGCAUGACAAUCCUGGGAGGAGUUUCUAUGCCUGCAAAUUCUCAGAUGUUCAUACUAGAAGAGAAGGGUGUGGAUUCUUUAGAUGGGUUGAGAAGAACCAGGAGGAGUGGCAGAAGGUGGUCAUUAAUGAACUGGUGCUGGAGAAGAGGUUGUUGACACAUGAAGUAACGUUUUUAAAGAGUGAAAUUACAAGGAUUCAAGACACUAAGCCAAAGGUGGAAAAUUUGGUGCUGUUGAACAAAAAAUCAGGAGCAUCAAAAAGGCAAAAUGCACCAAAAAAUUGUGGAUUUAUCACUGGAUUGUUUGUUGGGGUAGUUGCAAGUUUUUUAAUUUUAUUCCUUAUUGUUAAUGUAAUGUAG